GACGGCGACGUGCGGCUCGCGCCACUGCUGCCCGCGGACGCCGAGGACCCCCGGAGCUCAUGGCCCAGGCGAAGAUCAGCGCCAAGGCCCACGAGGGCCGCUUCUGCCGCUCGUCUUCCAUGGCCGACCGCUCCAGCCGCCUGCUGGAGAGUCUGGACCAGCUGGAGCUCAGGGUGGAAGCUUUGAGAGACGCAGCUACUGCUGUUGAGCAGGAGAAAGAAAUCCUUCUGGAGAUGAUCCACAGUAUCCAAAACAGCCAGGACAUGAGGCAGAUUAGCGAUGGAGAAAGAGAGGAACUAAACCUGACUGCCAACCGUCUGAUGGGCCGGACCCUCACGGUUGAGGUCUCGGUGGAAACGAUCCGAAACCCCCAGCAGGAGGAAUCCUUGAAGCAUGCCACGAGGAUUAUAGACGAGGUGGUCAGCAAGUUCCUAGAUGACCUGGGGAAUGCCAAGAGCCACUUAAUGUCACUUUACAGUGCCUGCUCAUCGGAGGUGCCGCCUGGGCCGGUGGACCAGAAGUUUCAAUCGAUAGUCAUCGGUUGCGCUCUUGAGGAUCAGAAGAAAAUCAAGAGGCGAUUGGAGACUCUGCUGAGGAACAUUGACAACUCCGACAAGGCCAUUAAACUCCUAGAGCAUGCUAAAGGAGCUGGUUCCAAAAGCCUGCAGAACACUGACGGCAAAUUUAAUUAGCCUUCAAAUUCACCGGCCCUUACAAAAGAUGUAGAAAAGAAAACUACUAUUUUCAAUAGCUAGGUCUCUAUGUUAGGCAUAACCACUUAAUUGAUAUUGGUAAUUAUUUCAGAUGGGGAAGUAUUCCAGUGUUGGCAGACACAGGUAACACUUAACACUAGGAAUAUUUCAGUCACCUACUUUGAAGUUUUGGACAGUGUUCCCAUCUUGAACUGGACUCUAGCACUGUAUAUUUAACUUCUGAAGAUGCACAUGUAGUGUGUGUGUGUGUGGGGGGAGUAAAAAAAGAGGGGGAGCAGCAAAAGUCCCACUGCCCUUUCCUUGACUUCAGCACAGAGCAUCCAGCCUCUGGAGCAGUGCACUCACAUCGCAGUGUGAGCAGAGCACCCAGCCCUGGAGUGGUGCAUUCACACCACAGUGAACAGAACACCCAGCCCUGGAGCAGUGCACUCACACCGCAGUGUGAACAGAACACCCAGCCCCUGGAACAGUGUACUCACAGCACAGUUUGAACAGAGCACCCAGCCCCUAGAGCAGUGUAUUCACACCUCGGUGUGAAGAGAACACCCAGCCCCCGGAGAGGUGCACUCACACCAGUGUGAACAGAUCACUCAGCCCUUGAGCAGUGCACUCACAGCACACAGUGUACCUAGAAGGAUAAGCAUAUCAGAACUUCACCCUGCAUGGUCUCCAUGUUUCAGGCAUCUGUUUUCUCUAUGCAUAUGCAUCUCAUACCAUGAAUUUUUAGGUGUGCGUGGAAGCAUGACAAAUGUGAGGAGCCCACCUUCAUUUUACCACUGUGAAGCUCCGCCCCCACCCCAGGGCCAGUGCUGACCGCUCUCUUCAUGUGCUGCCUUGAGCUCACGCGUGUGCGGCGGGAGCACUUGCCUAACCACUUCCCUGUGGGCAGUUGGAUGGUUUCAAUUUGUUGCUGUGACUACAACAUACUUGUAUCUGCUGAGCUUUAUUCUGUUCUUGGUCUUUUUUAUAUAAAAUUCCAUUAAUGGGUUCAUCAGGCCAAAGGAUAUAUACAUUUUCAUGGUCUAGAAACAUAUUUCUAAAUUUUUAUAAGUUAUAUCAGUUUGUACUGUCUUCAGUAAUUAAAAGAAUCCAUUUCGCUGAA